AUGGUGAGCACAUUUGAGCAUGCAGUUGCCUUUGGCACCGACCUAGUCGGCAUCGAGCGAAUUCUUCGUCUCUUCCAGGCCACUUGCUCUCUCUUGGUGUGGUAUCCGGCUCUAUUUGCCCUGGUUCAGCCCAAGGUUUCGUCCACAGCUUCUCUACGCUCGCUGGGCGGUCAGAUCAACGUCUCGCGACGCUUCAUCCGCUUCUUCCGCUUCCUGGACACCUUCCGCGCAGGAUGGGCGGCCUACGUCGCUCAGGGUGAUAAGGGCCUUGAUGUGUGGCUUGAGAUUGUGAGCAAGACCUGCUUCGGCAUGUUCGGCAUGAUGGAGACUAUGACCCUGUUGGAUCUCUGUGGCAUUGACAACCUCCGUGUUUUCAGCCCUGAGAAGCUCAAGGAGAUAGAUUACCAGUCACAGCUGUUCUGGUUCGCUGGAUUGUACACUUCAGUUCUUGUCACGGUCAUCAGGUUGUAUCGUCUCUUGGCCAGCACUCCCGCUUCUGUGACUCGAGAGAGUGUAAGCACCAGCUCUACCGAAAACACUGCGGAACUUGUCUCUGCUGAAAAGGAGAUCUCGGGUCUCUCAGAGAAGACUUCGAAGGAGGAACUCGACCAAGACCGUAAGCGUCUUAAGGGCAUUGUCACCAAGCGCAAGGCCGAGCGACGUGCUUGGCUGCAAAAGAUUGGCAAUGACGGUUUUGUUCUUGUCCGGGCCCUUGUUUCUGACCUUCUUGACAUGCUACUUCCUACCACUACGGUUGGUUGGGUCAAGCUUGAACCCGGUCUGGUCAGUCUGGCCAUGUUCUUUACUACUCUCACCACUGGCUCGGCUGUGUGGGAGAAGGUUGGACGAGAGCUCCAAAGACGGGAGCAGUAG